UCUAGACGCUCGUUUUGGCGUACGUGUUUCGAGACUUCUAGUGAUUUUUUUGUGCGUAAGUACUUACUAGUUGAAUAGCGUUGCAUUUAUUAAUAAAGCAUUGUAAUAAUAAUUGUGCCUUUUCGUCGUACCUGGUGUUAAUCGCGACCAGACCGCAGUCCGAAAUCCAAUAGUUAUAUAUUAUGUGAGUUACAAAAGUGUUGUACGUUAUAUCGUUAUACACGAUAGGUAGACAGUAGUAAUAAUUUAUUAUUGGUUAAAUUGUAUUAAAGAUUAGUAUUAUAAGAUGUAAUAUUAGUAUUAUCCUUAUGGACCUGUUUCACUGCAGUGCGUACGGUACGCUCACAUAUCAGAUCUGACGCUGAAAAAUACGGUCAUAAGAAUCCAAGAGGAAUAUUAUAAUAAAAUAGAUAGGUACCGAAAUUCUCCAGCUACUGAAGUACGUGGUGCAGAGUAUCAGAAUCAAGUAACCGAAAAACAAUAAAGAGGACAAUCAGUAUGGAACCGUUAAGAACAGAUAUUAGUGACUGCUCAAUAAAUUCAAAGCAUGAUCAAGCAUUUAAUAGAAUAAUUAAGCAAGAAAAUAUUAUUGUCACUGAUGAUCAAGCAUUUGAUGGAGUUAUUAAACAGGAAUAUUUUGAUCAAACAGAACACAGCAAUGAUAGUCACUUAUUAAAAAUUGGAACUCAAACUGAAGAUAAUGUUAUAACUGAUAUAAAAGAGGAAAUAAUUGUGAUUGACAUUGCUGAAUUUAAAGGUUCAGUAAUUGUCAACCAAAGCAAAUCCUUAGAACACAUAAAUCAUAUGCAAUCGGAUUUGACAUCAAACAACGAUAAAAGGACACAUACUGGUGUGAAGAAGCAUACAUGUGAUAGCUGUGAUAAAGCUUUUUAUCGCAAAGAAAAUUUGAUAAGACAUUUAAGGACACAUAAUGGUAAAAAGCCAUAUAAUUGUGAAAUCUGUGAUAAAGCAUUUACUCAAAAAUCAAAUUUGACGUUUCAUUCAAGAAUACAUACCGGUGAAAUGCCAUAUAACUGUGAAAUCUGCGAUAAAGCAUUUUCUCGAAAAUCCUAUUUAACGAAACAUUCAAGGAUACAUACCGGUGUAAAGCCAUGCAAAUGUAAAAUCUGUUAUAAAGCUUUUGCUCGCAAUGAUAAUUUAAUAACACAUUUAAGGACACAUACGGGUGAAAAGCCAUUUCAAUGUGAAAUCUGUGAUAAAGAAUUUUCUCAAAAAUCCUAUUUAACGAAACAUUCAAGGACACAUACCGGUGUAAAGCCAUGCAAAUGUAAAAUCUGUGAUAAAGCUUUUGCUCGCAAUGAUAAUUUAAUAACACAUUUAAGGACACAUACGGGUGAAAAGCCAUUUCAAUGUGAAAUCUGUGAUAAAGAAUUUUCUCAAAAAUCCUAUUUAACGAAACAUUCAAGGACACAUACCGGUGUAAAGCCAUGCAAAUGUAAAAUCUGUGAUAAAGCUUUUGCUCGCAAUGAUAAUUUGAUGAAUCAUUUAAGGUCACAUACCGGUGAAACGCCAUAUAAAUGUGAAAUCUGUGAUAAAGCAUUUUCUCGAAAACCAUAUUUAACGAUUCAUUUAAGGACACAUGCCGGUGAAAAGCCAUGCAAAUGUGAAAUCUGUGAUAAAGCUUUUUCUCCCAUAGAAAAUUUGAUAAGACAUUUAAGGACACAUAAUGGUGAAAAGCCAUAUAAAUGUGAAAUCUGUGAUAAAGCAUUUUCUCGCAAAGAAAAUUUGAUAAGACAUUUAAGGACACAUACCGGUGAGAUGCCACAUAAAUGUAAAAUCUGUGAUAAAGCUUUUUCUCACAAACCAACUUUGAUAAAGCAUAUAAGGUCGCAUAACGGAUAAAGCGGUAUCAAUGUGAAAUAUGUGAUAAGACUUUUAAAAGGAUAACUAAUUUAAAAAGCCAUAUUAUGACACUUCAUUUCUAAUAUACGAAAAUGCUGAUCAACUAGUUUAAUUUUUAAAUUUUUUAAAUGGUUUGUUUUAUCUAAUUUAUUAUUGCUUAAAAAGUUAUUCACUCUUGAAUUAUUGGUAAAAUUUUUUUCAAACAUGUAAUAAAUAUUAGUUAACACCAAGGAAUUGACUUAAUAAUAAACGUAUUUACUAUUUAUUAUUGCCUGUAAAUCAACAUGCAUGGGUUGACUAUAUAUAAUUAUUUCUAAACUUUUAACUACUAAUUUACUUGGAUUUUAAUUAUCUCACAGUGUCUUACAUUUAGCUUUUUAAUAGGAAGGUACCUGCCUUAAAAUUUGGUUCUUAGGUAAAAUAUGAAGUAUUUCAUCAAUUUAAAUAAAUAUUUGAUAAAUAUUCAGCAAUGAAUAUUUACGAGUAUGAGUAUAACAGGCAUUAAUUACAACAGAAUACCAGAAUAGCAAAAAUAAUAUAUUAACAAUUACAUGUAUAAUUACAAAAAAAUAUUAAACACAUGCAUUACUAUACUAUUGUUAAGAACCCCUGGCUAUAUUAGUUAGUAUAUAUAUAUAAUAGUGUAUAAUACAGUGAAACUUCCAUAUAACGAACUUCCAUUUAACGAAAUUUUCUGUUUAACGAAAUAUUUUUAAGAACUAUGACCUUCAUUGUUAAUUACACGUAAAUUUAUCUCCAAAUAACGAAUCUGAUGUUUCUAUAUAACGAAAUAAUUAUUCGAUAAAAACCAGUUUUUGUAAAUGUUGUCACUAUCAAAUUGAUAGUUUAUGUCAUAGUUCUUGAACAGAGAACAACAAUCACUCUGCGAGAUUGUAUUUCUAAGGUAUCGGAAACUUGGAGAAGUAUUUUUUUAAGACUUGACGAUAUAGAAACUUUUUACGAAAGAAGGACAAUUUUCAAAAAUAAUAAGCAAACAAAACUAUUACUGAUUAUUUCUUUUAAAUUAUAUUUAAGGUUAAAAAUUAAUUAAGCUGUAAUAUGAUGUUUGAUGUUGUUUUUACAUACAUACAAUAUACAUAAUAAAAAAAUAAUAAAAAAAAAGUUGAAAAAAAUACGUAAUUAUAUUUAACGAAUUCCUCUAUAUAACGAAUUUUUUUUGCUGCUUAUUCGACUUCGUUAUAUGGAAGUUUCACUGUAUAAUAUUGUACGGCGGCGACUGUCUGGAAUUGCUGCGACAGCAAUUCCAGGCAAGCGCUGGGUACAGUUACGGUUCAUAUAGCAAGCCGUGCCAGUGGCAUUUCAGAGCAGUAGACGGAACAUUGUGAUUCGCACCAGAACAUUAUAUUUGUCAGACCAUUUUUAUAAAACAUUAAAUAAUUCAUUAAGUGCAUUGUAAGUUUUUCUUUUCAAGUUAAAUAUAGAGAGUAGUAAUUAGUUCGAAAGUGUUCGUUGUUUUUUUUUUGUGCACGGACCUCCAGGGAGAUCCGUAACAUUUUUGGUGGCAGCGGUGGGAUCACGACAAAUAUCAGUAUCCCAUUACCACGAGCAAUAGCCGAACUAGACUUUCAACAGUAUAUUAGAAGAAAAGGAAACGAACAAAAGCGUAUCCAUCCGAAACAGAACAUUGUACACAAAGUUGCGUAAGGUAACACUAAUUGUAUAAGAUAUUAUAAUUUUAUAAUAUUUUAUAUAUUUUAUAUACAUCUAUAUGGUGUGUAUAUAUACAUGCAAACGGUUGCGUGUGAACGUGUCUCUAUAAACGCGCGAUCAGCAAAUUCCCGGCGUGGUGUAAUACAUACAUACGCCGCCGUGUGUGUGUGGGCCUGGCGUACGUGUUGCCGCCGCCGUCGUGGUUGUGACGACAUCCGUGUCGCCGCCGCCGACGUUUGAAAACUGACGACAACACAGCUGUUACGAUAAUACGAUAUCAGAGCCGCCGCGCGCCGCCCUCGUUGUUUAUAAACACGAUAGCGCCGCCGUAACGAAUUUAUAUCAAAAUAUAACGAUAUAAUUACGUUAUUUAAUCAUCAAAGCGAAACCAAAUAAUUAAUUAUUGGUCCCCGCGCCAGCAGUUUCGGGGCGUAGAAAAUCGUUCCGAAGUGGUUAAGGUGUCGAAGAGGAAAUUCGACGUGUUAUUGUUCCGAGAUCAAUUCGACGUCAUAUACCAGAGCAUUCAGCAUCAAUCACAACGACCAGACGCAGACGAACACUGAACAUUUCAAUCCAUUGUUAUGAUUUGGUAUUAUUAAACAUAGGAAGUAAGUAAGGAUGUAGCAGUUAGUAAACAAAUUAGAAAUGUAGUAUUUAUAAAACAUUUAGAAUUAUGAAAUGAAAUGAUUAUUGUAAAUUAGUGUAAACAGGUACAAUCCCGAAACUGCGAGUAAGCACUUUUUAUACAGGAGGGAUUGUCCUACAGAAGUUUAGAUAUAAGGAACGUUAAGAUUGUAAGACAGGCAGUGGAGAAUGGAGAUAGUGCCAUUGACUGUACAUGUUCAGAACGCAAUAAACUUUAUUAAUUGAAUAUUUGAACGUGUGUUUGUUACUUUAUUUACUAAAUCUAUAUACAAACUCCACAAGUACGAGGCUACGGUCAACCGACUUGUAACAUUGGUGGCAGCGGAUCAAAAGAACCAUUAAUUCAAACGAGGCGCGUUCAUUCAAUCAGGGUGAGUUAAAUUGUUAUUGAACCAGUCAAGGUGCAUAAUUCCAGUCAACUACGGAUCAUUCCACUCAAGUACAGAGCAUUUCAUUCAACUACAGAGCAUUUUCAUUCGACUACAAGGCAUUCCAGUCAACUACAGAGCAUUCCAGUCAACUACAAAGCAUUCCAGUCAAUUACAGAGCAUUCCAAACAAAUUCAGCAUUCAACUUUUUCAAGGCAACAGAGAAACAACU